UAAAUUCUAGAUAAAUUUUAUAUGAUUGACAUUCUCUCAAUUUUUCAUUUUACACUCUCACACUUUCAAUAAAAUUAUGGUUAUAAGUAAAGAGGAAUCUCUUGAUAACUUAAUGGUAAAAGUAGAACCUCCUAACACGGAUGUGUUUUAUGUUAAAGACAAUCUAAAAGAGAUCCUUUUAUAUUUUAAAAGAUGUGAAAUAGGUUCAUUUAAUAUACCUUUUAUUAAAGAAAAGAUUCAUGAAAUCAACAAACAAGGAUUAGAAUUUCAUUGUUGUUUACAACAAUCAAUUACGCAGAGUAAUAAACUUGAGUCUCAUGCCGAAAAUGUGAUGGCUUAUAUACAAAUUUUAGAGGACCCAAUCUUUGAUUCCAAUCGUAUUUUAGAUAUUUUAGAAACUCUUUUAGAAAAUGCUCGAAUGAAUAUGGAAGAAACUCAACAAAUUAAAAAUAAAUAUAGUGAUAUUAAGAGUAAAUUAAGUAAGAUUAACGAUGAAUUUUUUAUACGUAACUAUGAAGAUGAAAGAAAGAUACAAUCAUUACCAGAAAAAAAAGAAGAAUUAAAAGAAAUUGAUGAUGACAAGGAUAGCUGGGUAACAGCUAUCACUGGGAUCUGUUUUACGAUAGGAUUUAUCUUAUUAAUUUGUGGAUUAGUUUCAAAUGCACACAGAUUCGACAAAUCACUCGAACUAUUAGGGUCUGGGAUUGUUAUUAUGAUAAUUUCAAUGAUAAUUGAUUUAUGGUUUAAGAAAAGAAAUAAAAUCAGAAUUAGAAAAUUAAAGAAUGAAAUCAAAGAAUUAAAUGCUUUAAUAGAAUUGAAACGUUCAGAAAAAGGGACUGAUAUAGAGAAAUUGUGUAAGAAUCUUUUCUCUGUAAUAAUUCAAGUAGAAGCUUUCAGAACUUAUUGGGAAACUCAAUAUUAUAUACUAGAUGAUCUUAACAGAAACUUAAGAAGUGAAAGUCAUAAUUUAAAAAAGGAUUGUUCUAUUAAUCAAAGUAAAAAAGUUUUGGUAGGACCUAUUAAGAGUAGAUGGGAACAAGUGAAAGCUCAAUGUAAUAAUUAUACCAAAGCUGUACGCACUCUUAUUACAGAAAUUCAAAAAACUUAAAAAUGUGUGUAGUUGUAUUAUUUCCUGUUUAAUAUAUCUCGUUAAAGAUAAAAAUUGGAAUUUUUUAGUAAAUUUCCUUUCGCGAAUUUCAUGUUGCGAAUUAGUUACAUCUAAUAAAAAUUGGGAUUGAUCCUAUUGUAACACGUGAUUUUAUUUAUCGUAACCCCAAA